CCUGUAACCUGAUAAGGAAUGAAAGAAAAGAUCACAGUCUUAUUACAGACAACAGCGACUCAAGGUCACUCAAUGUGACUGUGUGGUCAGUGGGUACGGUAUGUUCAUGCUGGAGGAGUGAGGUGUGUUGAGCAGUUCCAUAUAUACAGUAUACAGAAUGUUCCAAAUUAUGGCUUUGGCUCAACUCACCAUAAACAGAGCAUGCUUGGGUCACAUGGCCACAGCCCUCAGGCUUAUAUAAAGCCCUGAUCUUUACUAUGUGCUGACAACAGAAGGCACAUGAGCGCCUCACUCCUACGUUGAUGAAGAAUGAAGAAGGACAUGAUUGACAUUUCCAGAACACCAGAAUUUUCCCUCUGUGAAAAUAUGACUCCAACCACAGUCCACCCGUCCUCCGACCAAUGCUUGGACUGCGUAGCAGGCGGCAGAAGCCGGCAAAGAUCUCGCUCUUAUUACAGCCCAGAGGAGAGUAAGAAUUAUGGGAUAUCGGCAGAGACUGAGGAAAUCUGUCCAAGACCUCGCUCCAGGUCCUUCUACAGCUAUGAGACUUCAGAGCAUUUUUCCGACUACAACAUAGGAAACUUUGACAGGUUCAGUCCGCUGAGGCAGAGGGCCAGCUCCUUAAACCAGUGUCAAGCGACCUCAACGGACAACGUAGUUGUUGCCCGUGUCAACAUGAAGAAGUCCAAGUCGAAAGCAAACAAACAUUCAUCUUCCAGAGAACUAAAUGGCAGUAAAGGCAGUCUGAAGUCAGUGUCCAUGAUAACCAUCUCAGAGUUGGACAACUGGCAGAUCAACUCCACUUCUGGAAUGAUGUACGGUCAGUUUGUGGACUGGGAAAAGAUCGAUCCCGAGGCAGCAAAUAAAUACCAGCAAAUCCUCGCCAGUAAACACCAGCAGCUGAAGACCAUGGGUCGCAAAGGAUUCUGGGCCAUGCCACACACACUGAGGGCCAAGGCUUACUAUCACAUCAUACACAGCAUCAAUGUCAGCAACCCCAUCUCCUCAGACAGAGAGGUCUACUAUGAACUGUCCAAAAAGCUCUUUGGAGAACAGAAGAUGAGCAGUCAUCCUGUCCCAGAGUACAUGGAGGCAGAGGAGAUACCGAGAUACUGUCUCAACAAGGCAGGACUCAACUCAGUUAAGAAAAUCCUUCUCUGCCUGGGCAAAAACUUCCCAGACAUGAACUUUUGCCCCAUCCUCCCCGCCUUGGUCUCCCUCGUUCUCCACUUCAGCCAGGAUGAGGCCGAGUGUUUCUACAGCGUCUCUCGACUCAUCUGCUACAAUGACCCCAACAAGCGCUACAUUGACCAGACCUUCCUCACCUACCGCGCUUCCUGUAUGACCUUCGGAGACCUUGCUAACAGGUGCUGCAGGGGCAUCCGUAAGCUUAUUGCCAGCUCCCACCAGAACCUCUUUGAGUUUUAUUCUGAUUGGAUCAUGUGGAUUUUUGCCUACCUUCCAUUCACCUAUGCCAUCAGAGUGCUGGACGUCUACCUGCUGGAGGGGUACAAGGUUCUCUACAGGGUGGCACUGGCUUUGCUCGGCCUGUACAAAGUGUCAGUGUCGUCUCGAGUGGCAGACGUGGAGGAUUUCCGGACCGACAUGAAACGUUUUGUGCAGAACAUAGCUCGCCACUGCUCGGAAGAGAUGCUUCUGGAGAGAGCGUUCAAAAUCCAGAUAGCAAUACGAAGGGAGCUCAACCUCCUGUUCAACGCCAACAAGGACUCUCUCAUGCAAAAAGGUGUCAGCAUCCACCAGAGGAGGCAGAUGGUCGAGUCGGUGGACUUUGCGAACUUCAGCUCCAGCGUUGUGACGGGGACAGAGAUGAGUGUGGUCUGGGCCUGGAUACCUGAACGUUUCGCUCUUUUCAGUCCGAUAAGGCUUUAUAAUGUGAUGAAACAUGAAAGAAGUCUCACUUCGUUAUAUUCCCAUGUGGAGGGACAUGAACCUGCAGUCCUCAUCAUUAAAUCUGUGGAUGAAGAGGUCUUUGGUGCCUUCUUAUCAACAGAUUUGACUGAGAGGAGAAAACAUAAUCCUGAGAGACUGUCGUACUUUGGAACUGGAGAAUGUUUUGUUUUCACGCUUCGCCCCAGCAUGGAGCACUACCAGCAGACAAUGGUCAACAUUAUGACCAGGAGAGUGUUUCCACAACAGCCAAGUGACAGUUCUCUGAUCACCUGCACUAAGUCCGACACCACCACGCUGACCUGCCCUGCAGGGACUGUCCAGGAUCCCAGCUACUUGACCAUUCCGUUCACUGUCCCAUCAGAGGAGAAUACAAAUGCAAAGGAGCCAAAGAGACCCAAGGAGCAGCAAGCUAACAAGUUUUUAGCCGGCACUGACAUGCAUCUCUGUAUUGGUGGUGAUGGAGGACAUGCAAUUUUCCUACAAGAAGACCUGGAGGAAGGUUACACAGAGAACUGUGACACGUUUGAGAGCACACCACUGUGCAAGCAACAUUUCAAGAUCCAAUCCCUGGAAGUGUGGGGCAUCCAGAACUCUAUUUCCUUUUCACACCUCAUUACCCCCCAGUAAACUACAGUGCAAAUUUGCAUCUUUUUAUGACCUUUUACCAGUGAUGACUCAGGAUGUUGUUUAUUGGAAUUCAAACUUUUGUUUAAAAAUAUUGUAUAAUGUAUAAUAAUUUUCAGAGAAGUUACAAAGAAUUGUAUUUAACAGAUGUCUGAAAUACUUUACAAGUAAGCCCGAUGAUUGGUUCACAACACAAGGAUUUUUUUAGUUACACAAACAAAUGAACAUACCAAGAAUAAGUUCUGUAAGACUCACAGAAGGAACUAGUUUUUUUUUUGUUUUGCUGUUUAACAAAUACUGUAAAGUACAACAGUUUGUUCCUAAUAAAUGUUGUUUUUCUGCAGUGUAUCUUUAUGUGUUAACAACUAUGAAUCUCACAGCCACAUCGUGUGGUAGUUGUUGAUGCACGAACAAUGGUCCCACAAGCUGUAUUUAAGCUGUUGCAAAACAUUUGUUCAGGGCUUCACCUGAUUCCUGAAUACAACGAUCAGUGAUUUGGAGUCAGAUGGUAAUGGUAAUAUUAUAGAACUAAUCUAAGUUCUAUAAUCACAUAUAAAUCAAACAUUGCACAUAUUACCUUCUUCCUGAACCUUCUGCCUAAACAAAAAGAAAGGACAAAAAUCAAGAAAGGGGAAUUAAUAUAAUGAAAAUGACCAUGCUAUAUUAAAUAAGAAAAUAAAAAAUAAAAAUCAAAGCAACACUGAAUAACAACAAAUAUUAAAAACAUGGUUUAAUUGAACUAAAAAUCGUUUAGUUUACUCAGCCCCAAAUCUCGUAUGUUGCAGUGUGUUUUGGGUAAACUGGAAUAAAGCAUGUUUCAAUGCUGUCCCGGCUUG